AUGAUUCCUAUAUCGUCAUUCGAUAUUAUAACAAAAUCUUUUAAAGUACGCAAUGAUAAACCUGUGAUCGAUGAUUAUACAUUUCGAUGUCACUAUAAACUAACCACCAAUAUUCUAUUAACGUUCUGUWUAUUGGUUACAUCAAUCAAUUUAAUAGGGAAUCCGAUAGAAUGCAUAACGAAUUCGUCAAAAAAAACAGAAAUGCAUAAAACUAUAAAUAGUUAUUGCUGGAUAUCAAAUUUAUACACAUAUAAUAUGAAACCAAAAUUCGGUAUAUCUAAUAUAGAAAAUAACGAACAAAAUAUUAGAACCCAUUCAUAUUAUAAAUGGGUACCAUUUAUGUUGUUCUUCCAAGCUAUGACAUUUUAUGUGCCCCAUUGGAUAUGGAAAAUAUGGGAAGGAGGAAAAAUACGUAUGAUCACAAAUGGCAUGCGUGGAUUUUGUGAGGGUCCUAUCAAGAUAAGACGUUUAAAACAAGAUAGAUUGGUACAAUAUUUCGUUGAGAGCUUUCAUACUCACAGUACUUACGCAUUUKGUUAUAUUUUGUGUGAAAUAAUGAAUAUAUUCAACAUUGGUUUCAAUAUUUACAUUACUCAUAAAUUUCUUGGUGGAUCAUUUUUAACUUACGGAAUUGAAGUGUUAAGAUAUUAUAAACAUCCUAGAUACUUUAACCCAAUGGAAGAUAUCUUUCCUCGACUUACAAAAUGUAAUUUCUUCAAGUAUGGAUCAUCUGGUACUAUUCAAAACAUAGAUGCUAUGUGCAUUCUCUCUCAAAAUGUUUUAAACGAAAAAAUAUACUUAUUAYUAUGGAUUUGGUUUUUAAUACUUGCUAUUAUAUCCGUAUUUGCAUUGACUUAUAGAAUCACUAUUAUUAUUCAAAUAGUUUUGGAAACACCAUUAUUGAUAAACAUGUCCAAAUUUACAAAUAAGAAACAAAUAAUUUCAAUGUUAGUUCGUAAAUUUCAAGUAGGAGAUUAUAUACUCCUUAAUUUGGCUGAGAAGAAUGUACAUUGUAUYCAAUUUAAAGAAAUGGUAGAAGAAAUAUGUACUCAAGUUUGA